GCCCGGCGGUUCUCGAGGUCCGGUUUCCCGGGGUCGGCGGCCCGGGGGCUCGCGGGUGCAGCGUCCCCGGCUCGCCGGGGCUUCGACCUCGGGCGUCGGGCUAUGGCGUCGGGGGGCAGGAUGGAGGACGGUUCCUUGGACCUCACCCAGAGUAUUGACGAUGACCCCCUCCUGGACAUCCAGCACUUCCCACACCCCUUACACGCUCAGUUUAGACCCAGAUUCCAGCCCCUUCCUACAGUCGUCAUUGCAAGUCUCCUCCUAUUUCUGCAUGUAGUGUUUGUGGUCCUGGCCUUUCUGACAGGAGUGCUGUGUUCUUACCCUAAUCCGACCGAGGACAAGUGCCCAGGAAACUAUACCAACCCACUGAAGGUCCAGACGGUCAUAAUCCUUGGGAAAGUGCUCCUGUGGAUCCUGCAUUUUCUCCUGGAACGCUAUAUCCAGUAUCACCACAGCAAAGUCCGAAACCUUGGUUACAACGCCAUCUACCGUGGGACAAGGCAUCUGAAGGGACUUGCCCUGGUGAUCCACUCCAUUGGUUGCGUGGCCCUUCUCUUCGUACUGUGCAUGCAGCACUCCUUUCCCCAGCCCAGCGGCUUGUACCUGUACUUCAUUCUGGCCAUCCUGGCCCUGGAACUCAUCUGCUCCUCGACAUGUCUGCUCCUUUACACAGUGAAAAUUCAAAAAUUUAAUAAAGCCAGACCACAGCCUGAUAUACUCGAAGAAGAGAAACUCUGUGCUUACCCCAGCAAUUCCACUUCAGAGACUGGAUUCAGGUCUGUUUCAAGUCUUGAGGAGAUUGUUGAGAAGCAAGGAGACAUCAUACUGUACCUGAAGCGCCAUAAUGCACUGCUGAGUAAGCGCCUUUUGGCUCUCACUUCCUCUGACUCAGGCUCCCAGCCAAACCGAAUAUGAGG